AUGACUUUCAUCGAAUGUGGCGGCAUGAGAGGCCGCUCAGGCAUCCCGAAAAAACACCAUGACCCUGCGUCCCCGACUCUCGUCCUCUUCGCAAUCCUAUUUCCAGGCUGUGUGGCAAUCUCGCAAGGAGUUAGCGCGAGCGCCCUUCCAAAGACAGCGGCAACAACUGCGGCCCCCGUGGCCGAAGCGGCCGCUUUAAUUCGCCAACAGCAGUCGCAGAAAACUGAACUGGAGCCUGAGGAAAGGGCAGAUAACGUUCAAGAAAUUAUUUUAGAAGAGGAGGAAGAAAAUUCAUCCGCGAAUGCAACUACAAAAUCGCCACUGACUGGCAAUCCGCAGGUGGACUACAAGUUUGACCCAAACUUGCCGAGGGAGUUGAAUGGCUUCAAUUUGAGUGAAUAUCCAUUCUUUAGUUCUGUCCGCAGACCGCGUCCAAGAAGGCGCGCUUAUGAUGACGACGAUUACGACGAAUAUGACGAUUAUGGUUCCUAUGACGAAGAGCCAUCUCGAAGGGAGAUAAAUAAGAAGCGAAGACCGAACCGGCAACGGGAAAAAUAUGACGACGGAGGCUUUGAAGAUAAAGCGCCAAAUACAAAGCGCACUCCUACGGAAGAACCAACUUUGCCCUCAAAACCAAAUAAAUCGGUAUUUGAACAGCCCAGAAAAGCACCGCGCAUCAAGCCACCGGUGCCAUUAAGUGAAAAGGAAAAGUACGCUCGACCUGCUGCACCACUACCACGAGAAAGGGAAAGAGAAAGAGAUGGCGGUGGAAGGAGGAAAAUCAGGCGUCAACUGGGCCCAAGAAGACCCUCUUAUGAUGACGACGAUUACGAAUAUGACGAUUAUGGUUCCUAUGAGGAUGAGCCAUCGCGAAGGAAAUAAAUAGGAAGUGAAGGACAAAACGGCAACGAGAUCGCAUUUUUUUCGGCCAUUAAUUGCAAAGAGGAAAAAUUUUGGGAUUUACAAGUCGAACUGGAAAUAUAAAAUUCAAAA